AUGCAAUCAGUUAAUCAGCUGGAGGUGUGGUGGUUUCCCCAUUGCAAACCUGAGCUCCAAGAGUGCGGCACGAGGAAGUCUGUCAUCCCACCCAACAAGAAUAACUAUGAAUAUCCGGCACCGCCUCCCUAUGAAUCCCUUCCCUUGGCGGUUCCAAUGCGGCCUGUACCACCGCCGCCACCGUACAGCCCUGAAGAACCAACUGGCCAGUCUGGAGCAGCACCUCCAACAUCAACAUCUUCCUGGAGUCGCAGACACCUAAUAUUCCCAAGCUUGCCAACCUGCCAAAUGUUCUGUAGCGACUCUUUCAUCUGUAUCAAUGCCAACCAGAUAUGUGAUGGGGUACCCGACUGCCCUUAUGGAGACGAUGAAGAGAAUUGCGUGCGAUUAUAUGGAGCAGACUCCCAACUGCAGGUCUAUUCUACAUUAAAGUCAGCAUGGCUGCCUGUGUGCGCUGAUAACUGGACUGAUGCCUAUGGGAGGUUUGCCUGCCAGGACAUUGGAUACAGCGGAUCUCGUUCAAAUGCUUCUGAAUGGAAGGUUUUCGCUGGGGCUCUGACCCUGCCAAGUUACUCUGAUGCCAAUGGCUAUUCUGUAGAGAGGAUCAUUGUGUUCCCUGGUUAUAAUUCUUCUGAUAAUGAUAACGAUAUCGCCCUAAUGAAACUGACAAAUGAAAUAACAUUUAGCUGGAACAUUUCUACGAUUCUCAAGUAUUCUGCGGUACAAUUGGUUUCCUCAAACGCAUGCAAUCAGCCUAAUGUAUAUAACGGGAGCAUUACAUCUUCUAUGCUAUGUGCCGAUGAUCUCCAUCAUUUAGAUUCUUGCCAGGGGGACAGCGGGGGACCUUUAGUAACCAAAACAAAUGGCACUUGGUGGCUUGUUGGUGACACCAGCUGGGGGAUCGGAUGUGCCCGACCCAAUAAACCUGGUGUAUAUGGGAAUAUGACAAUAUUUGUGGAAUGGAUAUAUUUACAAAUGAAGAUUUACAGCUGAUCAGAGAUCCCCAUGUGAUGAAUCAGAAUGAGAACCUACGAUAAUACAAGAACACAGCUGAUUAUUGAUAUUCCUA